CGGCACCUCCGUAUGGAGCAGAGUAGAACAUAACCACCAUCUCUGCGUUCUAUUUAGGUGGAACACGCGUCCGUCGCUGCGUCUGGCAUGAUUCCCGGCCAGCCCGUUUGCAACGGUGGAUUGGAUAACUGCACGAUGGGGCGAACAAAGAAAACCGGGCGGGCAAAGAACCCUCCUUCCCUACCUUGUCCUCCUGCUUCUCCUUCUUCUCAGCCAUUGACCAGCGCUGCCGACGAGGCAGAGACGGUCGUGGAGUGUUUCUUCUCCCUCCUUGACGCCUCCGCCCACAGCCCGUCGGCGUUUACCGAAGACCUCAUCCACCUGUUCGAGAGUCCAGCGCGGCGGGAACCAUUGCUACGUUCGUGGAAAGCAUGGCGUGACAAGAAUAACCGCACACUGCAGAAGAGUCUGCCGACUGUACGAAUUACAAACAUACCCAAGUCUGGGCCUCCGGCGCAGAAGGUUCAAUUUAGACGAGCACUCACGCCCGCACCAGCACCAGCACCAGCACCAGCACCAGCAGUUGGUGUGUGGUGCCAGGGGCCGCCAGUCGCUCGUCUCGAGCAGGAGGAAGUGACAGAGGUCGAGGGGGUCUUUGAGCCGGUGCGCGGCCGGAAGAAGAGGGUGGUGGUGGCCUGGGGGUGACCGAGGGAGCUGGGAAGCUGGGAGGCUGGUAGAGAGAGGCGCUUGGAGUAAGCCAGAGAGAUAUAAAUGUAUCACAAUGCAACCAACAUCCACGUUUCUGGCCUGAAUUAUCCCU